AUGGGCGCGCGUGCCGGGCCCCCUGUGCAGCUGGUCGCGCUGCUGCCGCUGCUGCUGCUGCUGCUGCUGCUGCUGCUGCUGGGGCCCGGCGCGCAGGCUGCGCGGGGUCGCGGCGCCGACAAGCAGAACACGUUCCGCCGGGCGGCCAGCGGCGUCUACCAGAGCGUGAGCAGCCUGUGCGGGGAGGACAACGUGCGAGCCGUGCAGAAGUUUUUCUCCAGGUCAACGGAGAGGUUUGUAAAUGGCGUGGACGUCUUAGUGGAGACAUUGUGGAGACUCUGGACUGAUCUGCUGGACGUUCUCGGAAUCGACGCCUCCAAUUUGACGCAUUAUUUUAGCCCCGCGGCCGUGGCGAACAACCCCACCCGCGCUCUGCUCUUGGUCGGCGCUGUCCUCCUGGCCUACUGGUUCUUGUCCCUCUUCCUGGGAUUUCUUUUCUAUCUCUUGCACGUCCUGUUUGGUCGCUUCUUCUGGGUUGUGAGGGUCACCCUGUUUGCCCUCUCCUGUGUCUACAUCCUGCAGAAGUAUGACGGAGAGCCUGAGCAGGCCGUCCUGCCCCUCUGCUUAGUGGUCGCCGUUUACUUUAUGACAGGCCCCGUGGGCUUCUACUGGAGGAGCGGAGGCACCGGCGGGGGCGGCGGUGCCUCCAGCCUCAGCCUGGGCAGCCACAGUCUGGAGGAGAAGAUUGACCACCUCGAUAGCCAGAUCAGACUACUCAACAUUCGCCUCUCCCGGGUGCUCGAAGGCAUCGAUCGAGACAGUGACAAAUGAGACGAGCCAGGUUAAUCACCUUUCACCAGCUCUUGGAAAAUCAAAAAGCACUAUCUUACUAAAAGUUACAAAGCAACAAAACAGCACAUUGUGAGGUUAUUGGACCACAUUACAACUUUAGGCUGAGAAGAAUUUUCAAAUAACUUAUGUAGGACACUGAGACACCCUGAGAACCAUUAGUUGUGUAAAAAAAAAAUAUUUUUUCAAACAAUAAAACCCACAUUAGCUGUAGACUAAAAAAUUUAUCCAUGCAUAGAACAUACAAUUACUUUUUUCAAGUGUUUAAAGACAUAUUUUGUAGGGUUUUUAUAAAGGCAGAUCGAGUCAAGUCUAUUACAACUUUAAAGUGAGGAGAAGAUUAUGUGAAUUUGGCAUUUUAGAGAAGCUUAAUCUCAAGCAUUUGUUUUCAUAGCUCUAAUGAGACAACGUGGAUUCCACGUGUGAGGUGUUUCCAUUUUCACAAGUUGUAAGCUUUGAGGGAGGGCCCCCCCCCCCAGGUUGGGUUAUCAGGUGUCACUUGGUGUGUGAACAAAUAGAAAACUUUGAGUUUAGGCCAACAGACCUAAUUAUUAGAAUUGUCAUUGCCCCUUUUGAGUUUCCUUUAAAAAAAAAUAAUUUUUAUUUUCUCAAGUCUCCUUUAAAUGAACAAUUCAUUUUUGCAAGCAGAUCUGGGAUUUGCUCUGUAUUUUGUCAUACUUGAAACUGGGGAUUUUCUUCCAAAGGGUUUUAGAAAGUAAAAAUCCAAGGAUCAGGGAGAGAAAUGUUUUUGGGCCUUGAGUCUGAAGUUUGAUAGCAAGAUGGCGGUCACAUUGACACUCUCAACAGGCAGGUCUUGCUUUGAGAAGCCUCUUUUAAGGGCUGCCUUGUUUGGAAGCUUUGGGUUGACUUAGACCUGCAUGGGGCCUCAGAAAGGAAAAAAAAAACAGGUAACACACCUUGCAAGUUGUUUAAGCAUCCUCUCAGGACCACUGGGCAGCAAUAAGCACUCUUCAGGUUUUAUUCUUAACAUUUUAAUAGUAGAAUCUCCAGGUGCUUUUUGUCUGAAGUCUGCAGCGUCCUUAUUUUCAGUGGUCCUUAGAGAAGUUACCACAGGGCGAUAGGUUGGAAUCAUAGAAGGAUUUGAGGGUGCUUUGUUUGGUAGGGGAGUCACCAACAGUACCAACAUGUUCUGGUUUGCCAGUUGGUACGCUCCCAUCGGCUUGAGUGAAAUCCGUUGGAACAAAAGACAAAACUUCAGGGAAGUGUGCAGAGAAGCUCCUCAAGAUCUUAGGGGAUGGUGGAUGUGCCCACAGGUGCCCUAAGAUGCUGGUGGUUCCCCUACUGAUUUCCUCCCUGACCACCUGAGUGCUUGGGUUCCCUAUCAAACCACUAAGUGGAAAUCUGACUUGGGGGGGGUGAGGGGAGUUGGUGGAAGCAAGAAACCUGUCCUGUCCAGAGCAGUAUUCAUGAUUUGGAGAACCCAGAAUUUAACAACCUCAUAGUUUUUUGUUGUUGUUGUUGAAGAACUUGGAAAAACAAUUUUUGCGAAUUUUAUGAAACUGCUAUUUUUAAGGUGCACAUAAUGCAACACAAGGCUGCUUUGAUUGGCUUCCUGUCAAUUCAGGAAGUGUUCAUUUAGAUUCAGUACAGUUGAGCUUUAUGGGUAUCGGUGGAAACACCGAUUUUCUGCAUUGAAAUGGUUCCAGGCAUGUCUUUCUAGUUCGUGUCUUUUCAGCAUCUCUGGGAGCUGGGCUCAGGGGAAAGGGAAGCAUUCUUAUUCUUGCUUAGGUUUCAGGACCCUCCUCAAAUUACUUUUUGGAAUUAUUGUUGAUUCUGUAGAUACUUAACCGCUUUAUAGUUUCCUCCCUACCUUAGAACACGUGGACGUGCUGUGUCAUCUACAAAAUGUCUUGAGUUUUAGGUCUUUUUUUAUUGGUUGGUGUGGGUGCUUUAAUUUUUUUUUCUUGGAGUGGAAUUAGUUUAUUUUUCAUUUUUCAAAAGUUGUAAAACACAUGAGAGGUAUCUUGCUGGACAAAGAACAAGACCAGAGAAGGAAGACACAGGGAGGUGGAGGUGUGUGUGUGUGUGUGUGUGUGUGUGUGUGUGUGUGUGUGUACAUGUACAUACAUGGGAACAAGCAUGUCUCUGUGUGAGAGAAAAUGCCCAGGCUAGAAACCAUAAGUCUGAUAGGCACCAUUCCUAUGAGUAGCAAGAAAUAAGAGAUUCAUGCCUGAUUUUUCUAUGGAAGCUUAUCUGUGUCUAAUUUUAUACUGUUUAAUAUACAGGUAGGGAGAUGCCUUUUUCUUUUUAAAUGAAGAAUCUUUAACUGGCGAUAACAUUCUUAAAGGGUUGCCUGUUUUAAAAGGGAUCAGAAUCCUGGAUGCUAAUGACAGAAACAUUCACCUUGAAGAUACUGCAUACAAACCUUUGACAAUUGGCCCAGGCUUGUUUUCAUCUACGAAGGGGGCUUUUGUAGAGAAGAUCUUCAGCUGGCUGAAAGGCUGAUAUUAUAUGACCACUCCCCUCUGCCCCUUGCAUCCAACCUUUUCUUUUGAGCUCACCCUUUUGUAUGUGGAAAAAUAUAUUUUUGUACCAUGUGUCUCAUACCUUGAACAAUGUUUUAUAUAUCUUAAAUGCCGUAGGAUAAUAACACAGAGCAAUACUAAUACUUCUCGUGACAGGUUCUAAUGAAUACUAUGAUGCUAUUAUAAGUAUAAACUGACCACAUAAAAUUAAUCAGUAUUAAUUUCCCCCCUAUAUCUAUAUCAUGAUGGCUAUUUACUAAGGGUAGUAAUUUUGAAAAAGAUAAAUGCAAACUGUACAUCUUGAUAGAAUCUCUGAAGUUGCCAUACUGAAUGUUAAUGUGAAUGUUUGGGAGAAAUUUUUUUUUUCAUCAGUGCAAAUUUUGUCUCGUCCCAUCGUAUGCACGUGACAUCUUAGCGCAUCCCCUUAAUAUGUUGAAAUAUAUUUUUCCAUACAAAAUUCUAUUGCUGUCUACCACCCCACCCCCCCUUCCACCUCCCACCCCUGUCUCCCACCUUAUUUUUACUUUAGGUUCCAACUCCAAUCCCAUUGAUGUGAUUAGGGAGUAGUAAACCUGCAUUUUCUCAACAAGAUUUCCCGAAUGCCAGCUUUGCCUUGCCCCCAGAAUAGUCAGGGGUGAGUUUUAAUUGCUUCAUUUCUGCUCAUCCUGACACUCCCCUGCCUCCCAACUCCCCACCCCUACUUAAACAGACCUUGAGAAAAAAGACAUCUCUCUUGCUGGUUCAUACUUGUUGGUGGCUUUUGAAACUGGCUGAUCUAACUAUAAAUUCAGCUGUCAUCUUAUAAAGUGUUAGGGUUAAUAGAUGUCAAAACUCCUAUGCUAUGUACGGGGUGUGCAUUGAAAUGCAUCACAGUUCUACAAAAGUUCCUUGUUCUAGGGCGGUUUGUAAAUUUCAGAGCUCCGCCUCUUCUCUAUAGAUAAUGGAAUUCUUUUUUCCGGAUGUGAUACAGUGCUUUUAAUUGGUAUCAGGUGUCGAUCAGUACGCUUGUACAGUAUCUGGCAUAAAUCAGCCUUGUUCCUGACUAUUGCAUUCUUCUGACUGUUUGCUAUUAAAUAAAUGCCUUGUCGAUGCCCUGUCCUGUGGAAUGUAGACUGGUACCAGUUUAGGCUUUUCGAUGGCGUGUUUCUGACUGUGGUUCGCAUUCCAUACCAGUUAUCUCUAUUUGGCAGCUAAUGGAGUUAUUGACAAUAUGUUUAAUGUCUAUUUUUAAAAAUAUAAAGGUUUUCCUGUAAUGUCAACUUAAUUAACCGCAUGUGUUAAAUCUCUUGAAUCCAGCGUUUCAUUGAAUUCUUGUGAUGGUAAUGUCGAUUAGCACCCUUCAGCAUCCAAUGAAACAGUCAUUCUUGUUUGCCCUAUUCCUAACUGGAAAUUGUGUCUUUAAGUAUAACACCAGUUGUCGGCACUGAUAGUAGUGAUUUCAUAUUGUUUCCUACACCAGAUUUCAGAUUUAGAUAGUAUUUAAGUUUGUAAAAGUUGUAGGGUUUUUUGUUUUUGCUUUCCUUUUUUUUUUUUUUGUCCUGUAAAAGAACUUGAUUUAUUGCUAGUGAUGUAUGUAAGACUCAAGGCAUGUGACCCUUGGGGAAUCAGGUCUACUGCUGUCAUUGUUGGGAAUCCUAAAUAUAUCAAACUUAUUUUUACAAAGGUAUAUAUACAUUCCUUUAUUUAUUAAAUGAUCGCCAGAUUGAUGUUAAUGUAGUGAAAUAUUUGUAGGCUGAUUUCAGAACUGAAAUAAGAUAUUGUGAAAAUUAAAGCUUAAUAAAUGUUUACCGUAA